CUGCUUUUUGGUAUUCUGUUCAAGCUUGGCUAGGUGGUGAAUGUAUUCAAUUGAUUUUGAGAUCUAUUUUUUCAAAUGAUUUAAAUCAAACAAUAAAAGGUCAUGUCAAUGGAACAACACCAUUUCAAUUUUUGAGUUUUUUUCUUUUCUGGUUAAUCUCUUUACCUGCAAUUUGGUUUCCUCCCCAAACAAUUCGUCAUUUAUUCACAAUAAAAGCUGCAAUUGUUCCAUUUGCAGGAAUUGCUUUUUUAGUUUGGUCAGUUGUUAAAGCUGGUGGAAUUGGACCUGUUGUUCAACAAAAGACAUCAAUUUCAGGCUCAAUUCAUGCCUGGGCUUUUGUUAAAGCCUUAAUGAGCUGCAUUGCCAAUUUUGCUGCAUUGAUCUUAAAUGCUCCAGAUUUCUCUCGUUUCGCUAGAAAUAAAAAUGCUGCUUUUUGGCCUCAAAUUUUUUCAAUUCCAAUUUGUUUUUCAAUUACUUCUUUAAUUGGUAUUUUUGUUUCUUCUUCGUCAACAAUAAUUUACGGAAAGACCUAUUGGUCUCCUUUAGAGGUUUUGGGAAAUUUUCUUAAUGAUGGUUAUACUCCAAAAGAUAGAAUUGGUGUUUUUUUUAUUGGGUUUUCUUUUGCUUUAGCCCAAUUGGGUACAAAUAUUUCGGCGAAUUCAUUAUCAGCUGGUACUGAUAUGACUGCUUUAUUGCCUAGAUACAUCAAUAUUAGACGUGGUGGGUUUAUUUGUGCAGGAUUGGCAUUGUGUAUUUGUCCAUGGUAUUUUUUUCAAUCUUCUAAUAGGUUCAUGAGUUAUUUGGCAUCUUAUAGUGUUUUUUUAAGUUGCAUUUCGGGUGUCAUUUUAAGCGAUUAUUUUGUCGUUAGAAGAGGUUAUCUUCAAUUAUAUCAUUUAUACAGUGGUGACGUUAAAUCUGAUUAUAGAUUCAAUAAACUUGGAACGAAUUGGAGAGCAUAUAUUGCUUAUAUUUGUGGAAUUGCCAUUAAUAUCGUUGGAUUUGCUGGCGAUGUUGGAGCUUCAGUUCCACCUGCAGCCACUUAUAUUUAUAACUUGAAUUACUUUACAGGAUUCACUGCUUCAUUUUUGAUUUAUAUGAUUUUAACUUACUUUUUUCCUGUUUCUGGUCUUCCACUUGAGAAAUUUUUGACAAAAAAAGGAUGGUUUGAAGAAUGGCAGGAUGUUGAAAAUUUUGAAAUCACUAAAGAUUCUUUUGAAAAUGUUGAUAUUAUUGAAUUACAUUGCUUUUGACAUUUUCCUUUUUUAUUGUUUUUGUUUUUUUUUGUUUUUUCAUUGAUUUUAAUUGACAAGAGAGGUUGGUAUGGUGGGAUUGGU